GGCUGGGACUUAGCUUUUACUGGGAAGCCGGUGAUCACGAGCUCGGAGACCUUCUCCUGGUGUGGAAGAGGCUGCCGGGGCCAGCAAGGGGCAAAUGGAGUCAGAGUCCUACAACCUGCUGCAGCUCCCCAAGGUGACGGGCCCGCCGGUGGAGGAGGAGCUCUCCCAAGGAGAAAAGAGGAAGUACCUGCCCCCCGCUUCCCGGCAGGAUCCCAAAUUUGAGGAACUGCAAAAGGUGCUGAUAGAGUGGAUCAACACCAAGCUCCUCCCCGAGCACAUUGUGGUCCGCAGCCUGGAGGAAGACAUAUUCGAUGGGCUCAUCCUGCACCACCUUUUCCAGAUGCUGACCGGGGUCAAGCUGGAGGUGGAGGAGAUGGCUCUGACCGCCCCAAGCCAGAGGCGCAAGCUGGAGGUGGUGCUGGAGGCCAUCACCCGCAGUCUGCAGGCGGAGGAAAGGCAGCUCAAGUGGAGUGUGGAAACCAUCUUCAGCAAGGACCUGCUGGCCACCUUGCAUCUGCUCGUGGCCUUGGCCAAGCAUUUCCAGCCUGACCUGCCCCUCCCGACCAACGUCCAGGUGGAUGUGAUCACCAUGGAGAGCACCAAAAGUGGUUUGAAGUCAGAGAAGUCAGUGGAACAGCUCACUGACUGCAGCACAGACAAGGACCAACCUGCAAAGGACGUCUUUGAUGAAUUAUUUAAGCUGGCCCCGGAGAAAGUGAACGUGGUGAAAGAGGCCAUUGUGAACUUCGUCAACCAGAAGCUGGACCGCCUGGGCCUGUCUGUGCAGAACCUGGACACCCAGUUUGCAGACGGGGUCUUCUUACUCCUGCUGAUUGGACAGCUGGAAGGCUUCUUCCUGCACUUGAAGGAAUUCUACCUCACUCCUGCCUCUCCUGCAGAAAUGCUGCACAAUGUCACCCUGGCCCUGGAGUUGCUGAAGGACGAGGGUCUGCUCAACUACCCCAUCGACCCCAAAGACAUUGUGAACAAGGACACCAAAAGCACGCUGCGGGUCCUGUAUAGCUUGUUUCAAAAGCACAAGCUGAAAGAAAGCACGGACAGCGCACCCCGUGGAUCCCCGAUUUAAUCCCAGAAGCCGCUUCUCAGAGCCUGCCUGCACACCAGCCGGAAGGCCCCAGACGGCCCUGCCCCCCAGGCCCGGCCCCGUCUGAUGCCUGUGCCCCCCUCCCCACUCCCGUGUCCGUCUGAGUAUCUCUGGAUUCAGCAGGCAUGCAUGGAUCAGUUUUGAGCCAA